GAUUUCCUCCUGAUGUUGGUGCUGCUGCUUUCGCUGUCACUUUUGGUUUUGUUUUAGGGGCGGAUGCCUGGGGUGGUUUGGUUUGCUUUUGAGCUUUCAUGAACUGCUUUUGUUGGAUGUGCGAGCUCUUGGCCCUCACUACUGCCGAAACAUGGCCUCCAUUUCGACGGCGGACACUGAGCCCAAAGCUUUGGGAUGGUGCGGCAAACGGAAGGGCUCUCUCUCACCCUAGAACCUGUACUCUCCCCACCAGGAGACAGGACCUCUCCGUAGGCCCCACCCCCUCCAUCCCAUUCAAGGAGGAGGCGUUUGGACAGUGUGGAGUCUUAGGAGGAAGCUCUCAAAGGGCCCAUGUGAGUCCCGGGAAGGGGUUUGUCUGAAGGACAGUGUCACCGGAAGAUCACUGUCCUGGGAGAAAGGAAGAUCCCAUCAGUGUCCUGGACAGAGCCUCAACAAGGUGACCCAGGGGAAGAGAAGGAGUCUGAAAAUAUCCCCAGUUUGGCUGCUCAGAUCAUGGAUCCUCAGGGAAUAAGAUGAAAACGUGUGGAUCGUGGGCUCAUGACCAGCAGGAAAUUAGGUAAGAAGAGGGAAGGCCGCUCCGGAGAACCACAACCGAAUUUCAGCACUCGCCGGCCCGGCAUGGGAGGGGACCAGCAGGUAAAUGUGAAAUCGCCCGAUUAGGCUCCGCUCUGACUAUUAUCGCCAGAGAAGGCAAACCGAGGCGCAGCUGAUGAGUUAACCAGAUAUGAUACAGAAAACAUUUCCUUCUCCUUUUUGGCUUCAAGUCUAUUUUAAGGCUUUAAGUCUCCAGUCCAGUCGGCACUUGGGGGCCACGGAGGAGAUGCCUAUUCCCAUGGGAGGCCCUGCCCUGCUGUGGAUGGCGUUGCUGCUCUGCCGUCCAGAUGGCAUGUCAGCAGUGUCCUUGAACCCACCAUGGAACAGAAUAUUGAAAGAUGAUAAUGUGACUCUUAUAUGUCAUGAGAACAACUCCCUUGAAGUUAACUCCGCUGUGUGGACCCACAACAACAUCCGCUUGGAAGAGACGUCUUCACGUCUGAACAUUGUGAAAGCCCGAAUCCAGGACAGUGGGGAAUACAGGUGUCAGAACAAAGAAUCCAUCCCGAGUGAACCGGUAUACCUAGGAGUCGUUGCAGGAUGGCUGCUCCUGCAAGCCUCCGCCGAGGUGGUGACGGAGGGCGAGUCCUUCCACAUCAGGUGCCAUGGCUGGAGGAAUCAGAACGUCUCAAAGGUGACCUACUACAGGAACGGCGUAGCCCUCAAGUACUGGUAUGACAGCAUCGACGUGUCCAUUACCAAUGUCACAGUCAGGGACAGCGGCAGCUAUUUCUGCACGGGCUGCAUUCGGAGGCAAAACCACACCUCUGACCCCCUCAACAUCACUGUGAAAAAAGAUUCCCCGGACCAGAAUGGUCACCAAAGCAAAUACUCCUGGCUACAAUUUCUGAUCCCAUCGUUGGUGGUGAUUCUGUUUGCCGUGGACACAGGACUGCUUGUCUUGACCCAGCAGCAGUUGGCAUUGCUCUUGAAGACUAAGAGGACCAGGAAGAGCAAAAAGCCAGACCCUGAAAAGAGUUGAUGUCACUGCUUAAGAACAUCAGCAAUCGCAACUUCUUUCCAGCAUCAGCAAUCGCUUCUCCACCGUCAAACACAGCUCCCAGUGCACACAGGAAGGUCUGCACUCAAGGCUUUACAGAACAGCUUCAUUAAAACAACUCAAACUGAUUAAGUGGCAUGUAAUAGUAAGUGCUUAAUAAAUGUCAGAUAAAUAAAGGAAUGAGUAGAUUCAUUUAUUAGUAUCUGUCAAAGAGAAGUUCAAUUUGAAUAAAAGAGAUAUGAAACCAGGUAACACGAUGCUUCUGAGUAUUUGAGGCUUGCUAGUUUCUUGUUUCUAGGGGCAAAAACCAUGCCGUUCUAGACUAGAGAUGUCUUCUCUCAAGCACUCUAAGUCUGGACUAGAACUACAAAGACAUGGAGGGAUGCUGGUGAGAUUGACCAUUUUUAUCCUCUCACUUCAGCGUGCCACUUACGAGCUCCUAGCUCUUGCUGAAUCUGGGGCAAUCUUGAGCCCUCGGACUCUGGGGAUGAGGCUCAGUCUAAGAUUUUCCCGUUAUUGUUUUUCCCUCUGAUAUCUCCCAAACUUGUAUCUUGAAUACCGUCUUAUAUCAACUGAACUAAGCGUCUUGGAGAAAUCCCAGCAAAUAAUAAUCACCAGAACUCUCAACUCUGAAAACAGAAAGAUCUCAGGCAAAGACCCAACCUUUGGGGCGCCUGGGUGGCACAGCAGUUAAGCGUCUGCCUUCGGCUCAGGGCAUAAUCCCGGCGUUAUGGGAUCGAGCCCCACAUCAGGC